CGGAGCGUACGCGUUCACUCGGUUGUCGUCGUCGGCACUUCGUUGCCCAUUGUUAUCCGUGGCCGUGUUACGCUUUCCCGAUCCCGACCGUGUUUUGUUGUGGUUCCUGAGAAAAGAAAGGUGCAUUCAAUAAAGGGUACACCUCUGUUCAUACACAGCUUGGGUCGGUUCGGACCGGUGUGUGGUUUUUUUCGGAAUAUUGUCGCCGUCUAUCUAUUUCUACAAGUGUUUUCGGGUUCUACGGUGGUAUGACGCACGUGACAAUGUCAUCAUCGGGUUGAUUAAAAAACGACAAAAGAGUGAUAUGGAGAACUCCGGUCCAUUUGGAUAAUAAAUUUCAGUUAAUGGACCGGGUAGUUGCGGUUUGUGGAAAGUGCGCAACUGAUUGAUGAGUGUGGUAUUGCGUCUUGUGCGUAAGAAACGUACGAAAUAAUCGGUAAUAGAUUGCCGAAAAAGGGAAUGCAAAAAAAAUGUGAUGAUGAAUGAUUGAUUGUGUUUUUUGUGCACAUCGUGCUCCAUACAUUUGGUCAGCUUGCUCAUGCGAAGAGUUCGUGCGUUUCACUGUUCAUGUGUUCAAAAUAAUUGCGUUGAAGUCACUCGACCAAUGGUGUUUUGAGGAAAAGGUGAAAUUGAGUAGAAGGCAAAUUUCAAGCAAACCGAUAAAAGGUGUGAAAAAGUCGAGAAAGUGAUGAAGCACAAAUUGGAGAGGUGUGAAGUGAGAAUUAAUGGAAAUGAUUUUCAGAAUGUUGUGAAAAGUGAGUGAAACGAAAAGGAAUGAAAAAUCACGGCCUUUGAUUAGCAACGGUCGAUGUGGAGCGGAGCGGAAAUAUUUUGAAUUCAUAUCGUCAAGUCACGUCAAGUUCAAAGCUACCUCAACCGGUAAAAUUGUGAUCCAGUUGGUUUGUGUGUGCGAUUAAUUAGCUAAUUGGAUACAGUAACGGUGACGGACCGUCCAGUUCAGUGUCGUUCAAUCGAAGCAGUGUCAGAUCACGCAAAACGGAAAGGAGAUUAAGUGAAAAAGCAAAUCCUUGCCGUAACGCAGCGGUUGGCGGUCAUUAACGCAGCCCAGCUAAACGUUCGGUUGUCACGAAAACGUGACAUCGCUGGUCGGCGGUGGCACACAGAAGAGAGGAAGAUCAGUGAAAGUUUGCAGCACUGGAACAGGAAUCUACAGUAGGCGUUUAGAUUGGUGACAAGGCAGCAAGAAAGUAUCAUCAUGCCGCAUCCUAUGUCACCGCAUUCACCGACGCCGACGUUGCUAAGCAGCAGUCGCGGUAGCAGCAUGCUUAUGGUGGAGUACGACUACGAUGAGCCAAAGCCGGCAAAGAAAAUCCUGGCCAAGGCCAUCUACGAGAACAUCGCCGAGAGUACCGACGAGCUGGCCUUCCGCAAGGGCGACAUACUGACCGUCAUCGAGACGGACACCAACGAUUGCACGGGAUGGUGGCUGUGUCAGUUGCGGGGACGACAGGGUAUAUGUCCGGGAAAUCGACUGAAAAUCAUCCAACCGCACGAUUCCGGCUGUUUCACCCUCUCGCCAGCGUCGUCGCCCUGCCCCUCGAUUGGCCCCGGCACCAAUCUCAACAGUCCCGUCCCCAGUGACAUCUACGAGAACACCACCACGGCAUCGAGCAUUUCGUCGGCCACGUCCGCCCCAACGCCGGGCUCCAAGCAUCAUCAGCACCAGCAGCAACAGCAGCAGCACCAGGGCAAGCGGAGAUCCUGGCACAUAAAUCCAAACAAGGUUCUCACACCCCAAAAAUGUGGAGACGUGUAUCUGUAUGAUCUGCUACCAACUCCCACCAGAGGAGGCAGUCCGUAUCAGCAUCAGCAUUCUACUUCAGCCGACGCCCUCGACACAUACGACGUACCGAAGCCGGCUGUCCCCAUCAACUACGACACACCGCGAGCGUGGUCCCGAACACCGCCUCACUACUCCCACCAUAACCCUCACCAUUCACCACACACACCAAACUACGGCCAUCCCCACCCGGGGCAUCACCACUUCAGCUACAGAAUGGAAGAGUCCUACGACAUUCCACGGCCUGUAAACAAUCUGCUUGCUCAACAGAACCUCACCCCCAGCAGUUCCAAUUCUUCAUUGCUCACCUCCGACAGCCUAAGUCUGUCCUCGUCGAACAGAUCCUCCCUGGCCAACAUGCCCGACUACGACGUCCCACGGAGGAACCCCGUAUCGAUACGAUCCACACCACCACCACCGUUGCAACAGCAUCCCACUACUCCCCAUUCCCAAUCCAGCGGCAUCUUCAGCAGCAACCAUUCGAUGUCCAUAUCGUCGUUCUCCUCCAGCACGAGUACUUACGAUGUUCCUCAAACGCCACUUCAUCAACAGCAGCAGCAACAUGUGCUUGCCCCGCAAACGCCACUGCCAUCGAAGGAACUUCCAUUGGAGCUGUCGUCGGCGCUGGAAACACUCGCCCGAUUACAGAACGAAGCCACAUCGGCUGUAUCAAGACUACUUGGCUUUGUCUCUCCCAAUUGGAGGACAAAGGAAAAACUCGAUCCAAUACUAAUGGAUCUAAAGUUAGCCGCUGUGCGGCUCCGUACUGCCCUGCACGACCUUGCCGAAUUCGGUGAUGGUGCGCUCGGUAAUGCAACCAAAGCAGAAGAUAAAGGUCUGGCCCAAAAAUUGAGACCUCUGGUGAAAGCUUUGCGCGACGCAGACAAACUAGUUCACGAAGCAUCUCAGAACCUGGACAACCAAGGCUGGACCAUGGUUACGCUCCAACGGCCUGAGGCCACUCAGAAGCUCCAGCAGCAACUCCCACCGGAUAGUUUGGAUCAGUUGAUCGCGUGCGCUCAAAACCUGACGGAGGACGUCCGACAAACGGCUUCCUUCAUUCAGGGCAACGGAACGCUUCUGUUUAAGCGAAACACGUCUUCAUCCACUGCUACAACCCCGCAAACCCCUACCGGGCACGUCAAAAGUAUCAACAGCAACAACAACAUUAGCAGCAGCAGUGGUCACGGUGAGUGGCCUGAAGACUACGACUACGUCAGCUUGGAGUCGAAGGAAGCUUCGGCGAAAUCCAACGCGGAGAUUCACGACGCACUGCCACAAGAUUUGAAGAAGAACUUCGAAAACGUAGUGCGGAAUGCUGACGCAGCGGCGGCCGCUAGCGCUAAGGAAGCACUCGAUCCCAACGACAAGUCCGUACUAGUUUACUACGCGACGCAGACGGUGACGCACAUGGGCUACCUAACGCAGGCCAUCGACGCCUUCCUGCAGACGGUGGAGCACAACCAGCCACCGAAGUUCUUCCUAGCGUAUGGGAAGUUUGUGGUGCUCAGUGCGCACAAUCUGGUCAACAUUGGCGACAUUGUGCAUCGAAAUGUGUCGCGGGAGAACGUAAAGACGCGAGUGCUGCAGUGUGCCGAUGCGCUGUCCGAGGCGCUCAAAACCUGUGUGGCCAAAACGAAGAAAGCGGCCCAGCACUUUCCCAGCGUGACGGCCGUGCAGGAGAUGGUCGACUCGGUGGUGGACAUUUCCCAUCUGGCGAGUGAUUUGAAGGUCGCCAUGCUGGAAGCGGUACAGCAGUAGGUACGGGGGGAGUAAGCUCCGGAAUCCCUAGAAAGCGAUUAGUGAUAAAGAAAUUUGUUUGUUUGGAAAACGGGUUACUGAUGGUGGAACUGAUUUGGUCAUGGUUUAAUAGAGCACGAUACGGCGGAAUCAUUACGAGAUCCAGUUCAGCAUUAUAUGGUCUUGGAGCAACUGAAACACCAAAAACACACAAAUUUAAAACCGGAACACCAAAAACGAGCUUUGAACGAAUUAAUUGCAUAUUAUUCGGCAACUCGGCCGUACGAAAACCAUUUUUUUGUUAAAUAUCUUGGCUGUGCAUAUGCA